GCAGUUGUUUUCCUUUUUAACAAAAAGCUGACAUUUACAAAAAAAACAUUGAAAGCAUUGAAUUAUCACAAUAAAUUAUAAUGGAUGUGUUAUUAGAGGAAAAGGAAGCCGUAAAUGGGUCCGAUCCGUUUGCGAUUCAGUUUCCUUUGCCGGAUCACCUCGAUCCCUCCCAAUGCCGCGAUGACUUCAUCAGAACAAUCAUCAAGGAGCACGAACGCCGGGUUAGUUCGUUGAGGGCCACUUUGUCUAGUCGGGGCAAGUCCGUGAUCGAUAAUGCUGUGGAGACGGAGGGUCGGGUGCUCGAAAGGGGGGCAGAGGCGAUGGUGGUGCGGCAGAUGGCCAGGAUGCGGAAGAGGGAGAGCGGCAGGAAGACCGCUCAGGAGGCCAUGGAAAGCAUUAAAUUGCGAUCUUCCAUGAUGGCGGAGUUGAAUAUCAAAUGCCAGAAGGCGGCCAUCGAGUUCCUAUCGGUUCGCCUGCUGAAGCAACUGCGCGUCCUUUCGAGUCCUUGGCCCGGAAAGAUCGACGAGAUUCCCUAUAAUCUGUUCAAGUGGUCGUUGGAUCACUUCCUGGCACGACUGGAACAUAACCAAUUGUACCUGGACGUGAUCCACCGGGAACGGAGCGUCGAGGAUCUCAACUGCGUCAAGUUCCGAACUGAUCUGGGUGAGAUCGAACACAUUCUACACGAUAUGCGAGAGGACUUUCAAAAUGACUACGACCUCUGCGAAAAUAGCAUACUACUUAUACGAGACUGCAAGUACAACACGGCUGGUGCAUGGAUUAGGGGCCUCACGGACAACUGCCGGGUCAAGGAGGGAUUGAGCAGCAGUAGCCUGGCAGAGGAAUCUAGCAUAUCUAGUCUGGAUAUCCGCCAAACGGCACUUGUAGACCGCUUCGAAGACAUUAGUUCUUCUGAUCCCAUACAGGUGCGUUACCAGAUUAAGUGGGUAAACAGCUGCAUGGAUCAGCGACUAAUGCUUGCCAGUAGCCGUGAGGAGCUGCUGAGGAAGGAGUUGAAGGAACUGGAAACCAAGCUGAAACAGGACAUGACGGUGCAGCGCAGCUCGGAGAUGAUAUACUUCUGGGAAGUGGAAAAGCUAAAGAUACGUACUAGGGAGUGGGAGGCCAAGCUGGAAAGUGAUCUGGAAAACGCCGAGGUCCAGUGCACGAUAGUCAGGCUUGCUCUCCAGAAGGUCAAGGACGAUCACCAGUUCUACUUGGAACAGGAGGAAAUGUACCUACAAAAAAUAGACGAGGUCAAGAAGCUGAUGGCAGCGCAGGAGAAAAUUCGCCAGCGAAAACAGGCAAAAGAAGCAGCUGCAGUGGAGCAGCAGCUCAGGCUAUCGAGGCGUUGAGGCGUUGAGGCCCAAGGAAUCCAAAAAGAAGUCGGCGAAAUUCGGAGCUCAUCAAAAUUCGACAACUAUUAUUUAUGUUGGCAACCCAAACAAAAUAAUCAAAAUCCCGAAAUGCAUGAACUU